AUCCACCAGUACAGUAAUUCUUAUCGAUAAUGGCGGUGCCUGGAUUCUAAAAAUUCCAUCACGCCUCGGUCCCCACUCUUUCUGAUCCAGGCUGCCUGCCAGCUUACUCCCCGCGCCCCUGUCUCAGUGUCUCUGUGCCUGAACCUCGACAGGCAGGCACCGACAAUGAUGGCCAAAACUCUCAAGGAGAGCAUCAUCGAGCUACGCGAAAUUCACAACCCCGCAAACGAUGAUGUAGACGACGACAAUCACAAGCGAGAAUCUCGGACGCCUUGGGGUCACAGUCGCACAGGCACUCGCUGCCGCAGGCGCCGCGGGGGCGGAUGGAAGCGCACACUGUACUUUGGCGCAAUCUGGGCGUCCAUGAUCCUAAUCCUCAAUCUCGUCCUGGUAAUCUGGGCCUCGACGCGGCGGUCACCGGAGGGCGCGUCCGUACUAUAUGCGGGCGAUUGCGCGCGCACGAAGCAGAUUAGCUCGUGGGUGCAUGUUCUCAUUAACAUGCUGAGUACGGGGAUGUUGGGUGCGAGUCAUUUUGCGAUGCAAUGUCUAAGUGCGCCGGCGCGCGAGGACGUCGAUCGCGCUCAUGCCGAGGGGAGAUGGCUUGACAUCGGGGUUCCGAGUAUGCGGAAUCUGUUGAGUAUACCGAGGCUGCGGCGGUGGUUGUGGGUCGGCCUGGUUGCGUCUUCUGUGCCGCUGCAUUUAUUCUACAACUCCACAGUCUACUCGACGAUUUCCGUAAACAGCUACGACGUCUUCGUCGCAAACUCCAGCUUCCCCACGCUGAAACGCGCCGACGUGAUAAGCGCUUACAUAGGAACCUACAAUGAAACCUACGACCACCUCUCCUCGACCAGCUGGGCGGCUAACAGCCCAAUCCGCUCGUCGGAACGGAUGCUUGCCUCGGCGCAUGCUAACAACCUGACACGCCUCACGCCAGAGGAAUGUAUCACGGCGUACGCGACGGACUGGCAAUCAAAGUACGGCGGCGUGGUCCUGAUAAGCAGUGCAUUCAACGGCUCGGAAUACGCCAUCGACUUCGUCAUGCAGCAACUGGCUCCGCGGCCCGCAGACAGCCAGCAGGAUCCGUUUGGGUGGGUAUGCAUGGAGGGCAGCGAGGUAUCAGACUCAGCGCGCCAGUGCCAGUCGGAGCUGGCGAGCGUGAAGCGAGAUGCGAACUCGACGCGGGGCUGGGUGGUGGAUGGGUACAAGGUCGAUUAUUGCCUCGUCGAGGAGACGCCGCAAAAGUGUACGCUGGAAUAUAGUCUGACGCUGUCGAUUGUGGUUCUUGUUACGAAUGGAGUCAAGAUUGCGGUGAUUUUGGGGACGAUUUUGAGUCUGCGUGCGAAUCCGCUUUUGACCCUGGGGGAUGCGGUUGCGUCGUUUUUGAGCGUGCCGGAUGAGAGAUCGAGGGGGUUGGGUCUGAUCACGAAACAGUUGGUUACGGCGAAGACACAGCCGCCUGGCAAGCAGGAUCAUAGUGACCUCCCUGAGUAUAACCCACACCCAAAGCGCCGAUGGAGGUCCGUAUCUAUAGAGCGAUGGGCAGUCACUUCGUUCAUGUAUAUGUCCUCCGUAAUCCUCGCCUCCGUCCUCCUAAUCUGCGGCCUGGCGGUAAUGGCCGCAUCCAAGUCCGGCCUAUGGACAUCCGGAUUCGCCACCAUCGACACGAGAACCAUGGUCAGCACGUACUACUGGUCCGACACGCUCAUCUCCAACUCGCUCGUCGCAAAUAUCCCACACCUCCUCUUCUCAUCCCUGUACUUCCUCAUUAAUGGUGUUAUGACCACCAUGGCGCUUUCGACUGAAUGGUCUGCUUUUGGUGUAUCCAGGAAAGGUCUUCGUGUCUCGACGCCGGCAAGGGGAUCACAGCGCCGAGCGCGGUUCCUCUCGUUACCGAGGCGAUAUAGCCUUCCGCUUCUCGGUAUCUCGGGGCUCUUGCACUGGCUCAUGUCGCAGAGUAUUUUCCUUGUAAGGGUUCUAGCCCGCGACGCGUACCAGAGACGGGAUACCACGAGGGAUACGACGACGGUUGGCUGGUCGCCGCCGGCUAUCCUGACGGGGCUGUGUGUGGGAAUGCUUUUGCCGGCGGGGGUUGUCUGGCUUGCGGUUCGGUUCUUCAAGUCCGGGAUGCCUGUUGCGGGGAGUUGUAGUCUUGCGAUCGUGGCGGCUUGUCAUCCCGCUGGUGGGAAGAACAUGGAGAUUGGUACGGGGGAGGACGAGAUUGAGAAGCAGAAGGAGGGGGUGGAGUGUAAGGAGGUGCAAUGGGGCGUUGAGUCGUAUGGUCUUGAUUCCGCUGUUGGGGCUGGGGGCGUGGGAGGCGGAGGGGUCGGACAUUGCGCGUUUUCGGAAGGGUUCGUCGCUGCGCCGAUAGCGGGGUGUGCUUAUCGAUGACAUUUAUAAUGUAGACAUGGACAAAUUAUCCGAGAUAUUAUGUAUUGAUCAUACGUGAUACACUAAUAUGAUACGCCAACAUUGCUGCCUGGGUCUCGUGCACCGCUGCUGGAUUGUGUCUCAUUGCCAGAACCUCCAGUAAGCUUAAGACUAGAAUAUUGACUAUGCGAAAUGGCUUCUCGAGGAAUCGUUUCUUCAUUACUGCCCUG